AUGAAACCAUCUAAACUGCAAGAUCAUCUGAGAAGAUGCCACCCUGAUAAAACAGAGAAAGAUCUGAAAUACUUUCAAACACUCAAAGAUAAAUUUCAGAAGAGACCUACACUGGACAGAAUGUUCGCUUCGACGUCACAAAGAAAUGAUGAUGGUUUGCGGGCGUCUUACAAUAUCUCGUUACUUAUAGCAAAAUCCGAAAAACCGCAUACUAUCGGAGAUAAGUUAAUUUUGCCAGCCGUUGAAGAGGUUUUAAAACUGUUUUACAAAAACCUACAUCUGAUAUCAUUAAAAGAAUUCCCUUAA